AUGGAGUACCGAUAUUUGGGUCACAGUGGACUCAAAAUUUCGGUUCUUUCUCUUGGCGGUUGGGUUAACUUUGGCCGUGUUUCACCAGCAUUCGACAAUGGCAUUAACUAUUUCGAUACUGCAGAAGUUUACGACGGCGGAAAAUCUGAAAUUGAUAUGGGUAACGCAAUCAAGAAAUUGGGUUGGAGACGAUCGGAUUUUGUGAUAUCUACAAAAAUCUUUUGGGGUGGAAAAGGUCCAAAUGAUCGAGGAUUAUCUAGAAAACAUAUUAUUGAGGGGUUAAACGCGUCUCUGAAAAGAUUAGAGUUGGAUUAUGUAGACAUUGUAUAUGCUCAUAGACCAGACCCUGAUACCCCAAUGGCAGAAAUAGUUCGCGCUUUCAACUUUGUAAUUAACCAAGGAAAAGCGUUCUAUUGGGGAACUUCUGAAUGGGCAGCUCAUCAAAUAGUAGAAGCUUAUGGUGUUGCUAAUCAACUUUUACUUAUUCCUCCACUGGCUGAACAAACACAAUACAACAUGUUUCAUCGCGAACGUGUAGAACGAGAAUAUACUUCUUUAUUCAAAGAAUUCAAAAUGGGUGCUGCAGUCUGGUCACCCCUUGCCGGUGGUAUUUUGACUGGUAAACAUAAUGAAAAAAUAGCCGAAGAUUCUCGGUUAGCGUUAGAAGACAAUGCUGUCAUGCGGCGAUUAAGGGAUGGAUUGUUAAGCGAAGAAGGCAGAAUUAAGAUAGAAAAAAUAAAAAAAUUAAAGGCAGUGACAUCUGCUCAACUUGCCAUUGCUUGGUGUAUUAAACAACCAAACAUCAAUACUGUAAUCACUGGUGCAUCCAAACCUGAACAAAUGGAAGAAAAUAUUCAAGCUGUAAAAUUAGCGUGCAGACUGACACCAGAUGUUUUAAAGGAAAUUGAAGAUAUACUAAAUAAUAAAUCAUCUUCUCAAUUCAAUUUUCGAGAUUGUUAG